AUGUCAUUCUUACCAUAUUCGUACAACCCCUCGUUCUCACCUUACCCGCCCUACUCACACCCUUUCUCACAGUCACUGACAACUCCCUCACCGAUAUAUACCUUACUGAUAGUUGGAAUGGUACUUUUUAUGGCUGCAAAUGUCAUGCCUAAUCUUAUUCCGGCAGCCGACAGAGUAUGGCACGUCGCUCCCAUGGUCUUGCAAUGGGGAUUCAUCAUCAUCAUCUUUGCACUGAUGGUACAAAUGCUGGGUAUUGUCCCGGGUGUACCUCAAUUACAUAUCACCUACGUCCAUAUGGCCUUAGCGAGUUUAUUGUUCAUCCUUAUGUGGAACCAUAUCGUAUCUGAAAUCCCGCCUCCUGCAGAAGAGAAGAAAUCUUCUUCCUCUACUUCCCGAGAAAGUCCAUCAGAAAAGAAGCACGAGAAAAAUAAAAAGGAUGAAGGGCCGUCUGAACCUUCACCAUGGGAUGAUCUACGAUCGCACCCUUCUGCGUUUCUUACUACCAGAUUGAACAAGCUGAUGCCUUGGCCGUUCCCUUUGGGAAGAGCGAGGAGGGAGGGGAAUGAGCUGUGGUGGGAGAAGGGAAUGCCAAGUCAUGUAGGACACUUUAACAAGCCUGAUCCGGAAAUUGAGAAAAGAGCCAAAGAGGAAGAAGCUCGCAAGAAGAAAGACAAAGAAAGAGCUAGAUUGAAAGAAGAGGAGAAAGCUAAAGAAGCUGAAAGGCAAAAGGAGAAAGAUAAAGCUAAGAAGGAAGCUGAGGUAAAAGCGAAAAUGAAAGAGGAGGAAAUGAAGAAAGCUAAAGAGGAUGCGAAGAGGAGGAAAGAGGAGCUAGAAAGGAAGAAGGUGGAAGAUAGACAUAAGCAGAAGCUUUGGAGAACGAAAUACCUAGCAAUGAUCAUUGGAGUCAGUAUGCUGAAUAAGACUUUGGGUUUCUUACUACUGCUCCUAUUUUCCCUUCAGAUGGUAUCUCAAGAGCUCAACGAUACACCACAGUCUUCUUCCACCAAUAGUAGCAGUAGCGGUAAUUCAUCAAGUGCUGGUUCUUCGUCGAGUCGAGAAGAGAAAGAGAAACUCGCCCGACUCCAGGCGCAGAGAGAGAAGGAGAAAGCAGCGGCAGCGGCAGCAGCCAAAUCAUCUUCUAGGGAUCCUACAAAGAGUUCGUCUUCGAGCUCUUCAUCAAGAGAUACUUCUAAAUCUAGCUCAAGCUCGUCAAAGUCUAGCUCGAAAGAUCCUGUCUCAUCGGACGCAAUCAGAAAGACAUCAGGAAAUACGACAGUCACGAAUGUCGAUCCUGAUGGGUGUGGUAUCGGUGUACCUUACAAGGUUGGGUUCGGGAUGAACUACAUCCAUACGCCUAAUCCGGAUAAGAAGGAUCAUUUGACUUUACCAAGUAUGACGAUACCUAGUGCUGGGAUGUCACAUCCUCUUAUGACCACUACGUAUCGACAAUAUGCUAAUUAA